AUGCGCGACGUCGCACGCAAAUCGCACGUCAUCACGCGUCAUUAUGCGUCAGCACAGCCGUCUGAGGUUACUGGGGAUAUUGAUGAGAGGAAAGCGGUGGAUGUUGUCUAUAUCUUUGGGAAGCUGAAGGAAUUGGAAGCUGAGGAGCAGGAUGAGUGGCUGCUCCAUGCCGUGGAGUUGGCUGAUACAUCUCAGUCUCUGGUCAUUGCAGUUGUUUCCCAAGCUGUUCCAAAGGUUUCUGAGAUUUCCCCUCGCUAUGGCGGAAGGAAUGGGGCAACCAGACUGACGAUCAGAGGGGACGGAUUCUCAGGAGAGAAUCAGUUUGAUUACGGAGCAGGAAAUGAAGAGCUGGGCAAUAAGGUGCAGCUGGUGUCACAAAUCAGGUCCAUCCCCUGUGAUGUGGAGAGAGAUUCCAGCCAUGAAAAACUGAUAUAUUGCUACACCAGGCCCCUACCAGUUGACACGUACUAUGUUGUAGUGAGUGUGGAUGGGGUUGAAGCUAACCAGCGGAUCACCUACUAUGUAAGAGAUUAUAAUACCCCAACCAUUGUGGAGAUUUCACCAAAGUCUGGACUGCCAGGCCAACUCAUUACGAUCCGAGGGAAAAUUGUAACUGACGUCUAUAGUAGUAAUGAUCCACUGGACACCAACCAGAAAAACACCAAGAUUUUGAGAGUCUACGCUGGAGGAAUGCUCUGUGACCUUCUUCAUCCGGACUCGGAUACCUUGUCUUUGCCUGAUGCGAAAGCUUACUUUGUUUCCUCACUCAAUAAACUCAGCAUGUUUCAAACGUAUGCAGUAACGGAUGAUAACAAGAAAACUAUCACUCAAGAUGCACUGGAAGGGUCUUUUUUAAUAAACCAGCAUCUGCAGUUCUUUGUAUUGACAUUAAAUGUUGCAUUUGUUCUCCAAGAGGUGACUGGGAUCUACCCGUCUGAAGGGAGUAUGGAAGGAGGCACUCGGCUGACCGUGAAUGGGAGGUUCUUUGACGAAACGGAUGCCCCAGCCAGAGUUACUGUGGCGGGUAAGUACUGUGGGAUCCAUGACAGAUGCAUGAGCCUACAGUGCCCAGACUGCAGGCUACCACAGAGCAACCCAAAACUGUCUCCAAGUGUGGAAAAUGUGGGAGUCAAUUUUGCAGAGUCAACUUCCAUAGUCAGUCAUGUAACACUGGUUAAGGAAUACUGUUAUCUAAACUGUGAGACUCUCAGUGUCAACGCAACUCAAAUUAUCUGCCUGAUCCCAAAAGAAAGCAAUCUUUCCACGACAGUUUUCCAAGUACAAGUGAGUGGCCAGGUACGAAGUGCAUCCAGCCUCUGCUAUACACGUUUGUGCUUUGCUGCUAGUGAUGAGUCCAUGAGAGACCAUGACCUCUACACAGACAGCACCCUAAUAAAAGUAACGCUACUAAUGGGACACAAGGGGGCAUGUAGCUUCUCUUUGCAUGCAUUGACUCCAUCAACUUUCUGUUGUUUAGGAGGAAGAGGUUUGAAGUUGGAAACAUGGAAAAAUGGCAAUUUGCGUGGCUUGCCAAACUACAAUGAAAGUACCGUGGGAUACAACACAUCUUGGAUAGAGGAGGCCUUUUAUAAAGCCUCCACACCAUGGUGUCCAUCUGUUACGCGUCUAAGUGGGUUCUUCAUUGCUCCGGAGACUGAUACUUACCGUUUCUAUAUCAAAGGGAGAGGCGUGUAUGAACUUUACUUUAGCUUAACUGGGCCUCCUCAGGACAAGACUAAAGUUGCCUCUGGCAGUCGGCAGUACGGGGGCUAUUCAUCAUCGUACAGACACGCCUCUGAUACAAUGCGACUUGAGAAAGGGAAAGGGACUGACAAUGGUUUGUUUCACAGAUAUUACAUGGAAGUGGUACUAGAGGAGAACUCCAAGUCUUCCUUUGUAUCUGUUGGUGCAUACCUGGAAAACACCUCCUACACUGAGCAGCAGACAGGAGAUGCUGUCAACGAAUAUCAGAUGAUUAGGGCAUACUCCCAGGUUGUCCACGAGAAACAGGUUGUAACCUUGGAGAACUGGACAAUUGGAAAUGCGAUCAAUGAAGUUCAACAGGUUACCAUCACCAGUCCAUGCUGGGACUCUGGUUCCUGCUCAUACCACUGGUACAGGCUCAGCUACAAUGAGGAACACACAGAAUUUCUUCCAGCAGAUGCUUCAGGCAAACAGAUUGAACAGGCUUUAAAUGAUCUGUGGUCAAUUAGACCCGAUAACGUGAAAGUGACAAGCAUGGGAAUCACCCAAGGUUUUUCCCACACGGUGACCUUCAUAUCCACAAGAGGGGAUUUUGAUUUUCUCCAGCACGAGGUAAUGGGAGGAAGUAACAUCAGCAUUGAAGUGGUAGAACAAGUCCAAGGAAGGCCCAGUAUGGAUACAUUCACAUUGAGGCUGGAGGGGAUCAAUUCCAGACCCCUUCCAUGGGCAGCAACUGUUGAUGAGGUGCGUCCCAAUCUCUCUCCACAGGUCAAAGUUGCUUUGGAUGAACUGAUGGGAGUGAAGUGUCCUGAACACAUAGCUGGCUACAAGAAUGGUUAUGCAGUCAAGUAUUUCAAUGAUUUUGAAGAAAAGGUAUGUAUCCUAAAUAGGAAUUCAUCAAUCAAUCGAAUCACACUUUCAAUCAGUUUCACCGAGUCCGGAACACAAAUUUCCUGUAGUUUAGAAGCUGAUGGCCAGGUGACAAUGGAGACAGAUGCGUUCUGUGGACGAUACUCAGUCAAAAACCCCUACUAUCUGUUUGGCUAUGCACAAUCGCACCAACCAGUCUUGUUAAACGUCUACAAGCAGUGUGCUCCUGCUUCCAGGUGGUCCUACACUUGCAUCAAUUUGCUCAGCUCCGUACAGGCUGCAUAUUCCACAGGGACCAACUUCAUGCUAAAAUCAAUCAUACUGGUGAAGAGAUCAAACCAGGAUUACUUUGUGGAUACCGUGUAUAUUGGGCAGCACGCUACAACCAGCAGUCAGAAAGCAGGUCCUCCAGUGAGAUCUCUCCCACCAUUGAUUGCCAGAGGGAUUCUUAUUAAGCAGUUCAUCGUAACACGAAAUGAAGCCUUGAAUGACAACUCAACCAAUGAGUAUGAGAUAACCAUGGUUCCCUUCAACUGUAGCUUCAACAUUCCUUUGCUAGAGAUUGGUUUUGCUCAGGUCAGUAUGACAUGGACACUAUCGGAUCUAUAUUCCUGUAAUGUGGAGACACUGAACGAGCACAGGAACCCCAGUACAGCUCCAAUUAUUUUGGACACCACCUCCAGCCAUAACCCACCUAGGAGCUCUGAAUACUUUUGGCAGAGAAAGAGGAGACUUGAAUCCAACGUCACAAAGAAUGAAGCCACCUUCCAGGGGAUCACUUGGCCCAAGGGGUCCUUGAUAAGAGUGCGGAGAACACAAACAGCAUCUCCCCCCAUCACCGGCACUAUGGACAUCGAAAUCUUCGGCCGACAGUUGAAAGGUGAGUAUUGUCCUACUCCUGAAGCCUGUGGAUUGCCAGUCAGUGCCUCAGACGUGGAAAUGCAGUACAAUUUACAAAGCAUUCCUGAGAUCGGGAGCGUGUCCGUGCAGAGGUGGGGAAGCUGCUCAGAUUGCUACUGGAAUGUGAAGUGGUUGAAGGCCGGAAAACAGCCCAACCUACAGGUUAAUGGUUCAAAUGUUCAAGGAGUCAAUGCGCAAGUUAUUGUUUACCAGAGGAAGUCUGGAGGGCUGUUCAGGCAGCGGCUGAUUGGAGACCUGUUCCGUACCCCGCACUCCCUGCCUCAGGUGCAUGUUUUCAUCAACGGCAUUCCCAGCAACUGCUCCGGAAACUGUGGAUACAUGUGGAAUUCUGCGAAAACCCCAGUCAUUACAGGCAUCAGCCCAAGCAGAGGUAUGUGCUCAAACCAGGGGGGAAUGUUUCCGCUCAGGGGGGUACGUUGCACAAGAGGCCAACAUUUCUGGGCUUCCUCAUUUCAGACGGAGGUGCGGAGACAUUUCUUCUUUCAACAGUUUGUGAAUGUUCAUUUUCUCUACCGACCGAGCUGUGGAGGUUCGGCUCUUUCAGGCACGGUCCUGACCAUCUCGGGCUACCGGUUCGCCAACAGUUCAAAGACAGACACUACCUGGGUUGCGAUUGGGGAAGCCAAUUGUACGAUCACGAGAGUAACUGGUGAGCUGAUGCUGAAAACCAAAGGUGUCUUUGUGGUGUGUGGGGGCGAAUCACUGGACUACUGGCUUGCCACGUAUACUGAAAUUACUUGUCUGGUUGGGCCAGGCUUCACCACAGUGUCCCCACUCACACUCUACGUCGCUGAGCUUGGCUUUGCAAAACACUCAGGCAACAGGAUGUUUACUUUCACCUAUGAGCUGGAGGUUACCGGCAUUUUUCCUUCUGAGGGCAGUACGGAAGGUGGAACCAUCCUGACAAUAUCCGGCUCCAGUUUCCCUCCCGACAUGGCAGUGCUGAUCGGAGAGAAAAACUGCACACUCCUCACACAAUUCCUGUUCGAGAUAACCUGCAGAACUCCACCUGCAACCGCUGGAGUGGCCAAUAUCUCUGUGUUUACUAAUGAAACACAUAAGACAUUGCCUUUCAUUUUCACUUACAAUGAAAUGAAGAUGCCGGUAAUCUAUCAAAUAUCACCCACUGAAAGCAAUCUGCCAGGUGGCGCUAUCCUCACCAUUCGCGGGUCAGACUUUGGCAGCAGGUCUGGAGAGAGCCGUGUGUUUAUUGGGCAAUUUGAGUGUCCGAUCCAAGAAUGGUGGACCAACAACAUCACCUGUCAUCUGCCCAGCCUCUCCCGAGGGGAGUACACCGUACGGACACAUGCUCCUACCAGCUGUUUCAUGAAUGCUUCCAUUGAAUAUGUCUUGCGUGUAAUAGGAAUGAGCCCCACACUGGGCUCGCUGAAUGGGGGCACAACAAUCACCAUCUCUGGGGCUGGUUUCAGUCCAAUUCUAGAGGAUAAUGAUGUCAAACUCGGUAAGUCUAUGAUAAGCUUUCUCCAGAGGCUUCAGCAGCCUUAUACCUUUAACUGGUUUUAUUCUAAAUUCAAGACAUUACUCUGCUCUGUUCGAUGUCCCAUCACCUUUGCCUCACACAACGUGCUGGAGUGUGUUCUUGGUCCAACGGGAAGAACUUUCUUCAUCACCAACAAUGGCAGCCAUCCAAGUAGGUGCAACUUCAUGAGGGUUUCUGUCCAGCCAUGCUGGAGCACACCCUUUCUUCUCCAUGUCCUAAAUAGGAGCAUUGUAUCUAGAGAUCAUUCCGUCCCUUCUUGUUCUCUGAUUCAGUUUGCACUGGGAGUUGGGUACAGUUGGAAUUCGUCGAGCCUUGAGAUCCUUGUUGGAGACACAGUGCAUUGGAUAUGGGAGUCACCACCUCUCCUCCAAGGCUUGAGGUACCGAGUCUUCAGUGUCUCUAAGCCCAGUGAUGUGAAUUACAAAGGCAAGGGGUUUAUAAGUGGAGAUAUCGGCACUCCAGCAGGUUCGUUCUCCUACAACUUCACUUCCCCAGGCAUGUUUUUCUACAGCAGUGGUCUCAUUGACCAGAAGGGCACGAUCUUCCUACAAGGCGUGGUGCAUGUGAGGGCAAUGGAAGAAAGCCCCUUAAAGUUGGGGGUUUUCGUGAUUGGCUUUGAAGCAGAAUAUGCACCUGGUGAGCUCAUCCAAUUUCAGUCUGUAACGUUCAAGCUUCUUGUAUUGUUGUCAGAUGCCUGUACAGGAUUCGCCAGACUAAGUGCUGAUGGAGAAGGCACAACCAGGCCGAGGAACAUGGACUACUACACCUGGGUUGCUUUAAUGUGUACCCUACUGACUACAGCAUGUUCUUUAUCGUUAGGAAACAUGACGACGGUGCAGUCACAGCAGGGGCACAGUGAUAACUGUGCAGCAGCCAUCCCCACCUGUACCCAGACAUUGAACAGCACUUCAUACAACGAAGGCUUCACAUUCCUCCUGUCUCCUUGCCACACGCCCACCAUCAGCAGCAUCACACCUUCCAACGGGACCUUGUUCGACAGACUAACCAUUGUGGGCACUGGAUUCAGCAACGUCACCUGUGCGAAUGAGGUACGAGUCGGAGAGCGCCCUUGCAUCGUUGAACACAGUACAGAGAGCGAGCUGUCGUGCCGGGUGGAUGCGCAGGGGGAGAUGGAAAUCGGCGUGGCAGCCCUAGUGUCGGUGAAAGUCUACAACCACGGCUCUGCCAUCUCCACUCCAUCGGAUGAAUUCAGCCGGCGCUUCGUCCUGCUCCCUCACGUUGACGGAGUGAGCCCCAGGCUGGGCUCCACCACAGGCCGCACCAGGAUCACCCUCACCGGCUCCGGCUUCGGACAGGACCCCAGCGCCGUGCAGGUGCAGCUGGCGGCCGUGUCUUGUACAGUGGUGUCGGUAAACUACACGCACAUCCUCUGUGAUUCCUCGCCCUCUAUGGAGACCAGUGGGCCGGUGAGCGUUUGGGUGCGAGGAUACCCGGCUGUCUGUCGCGGCUCAUGUGGCUUCACCUACAACACGAGCGUCGCCCCUAUCUUGCAGACCGUGUCCCCGCUAAUCCUGCUCACUGUCUACACCGAGAUCACCAUAAGCGGCCGCGGAUUCGGCAACAGUGCAGAGCUGGUCUUUAUUCUUGUGGGCAACACCAGCUUUAAACCUACUGUUGUUUCGGACAGCAGACUGAACACUACGGUGGGACCGCUGCCCGUGGGCGCACACUCCCUGAGGGUUUUGAUAUCGGACAAGGGUGUUUCCCGCGAGAUGCUUUGGGUCACCACUGCUGCAUCCGCUUCCCUGUUACCAGCUUCAGGAGGCGUAAACGGAGGCACCACAUUGUCCAUCACGGGCAACGGCUUUGUCCCGGGGGAAACCACCGUCCUGGUCGAUGGCUCCCCUUGUAGUAUUCUCACCACCACCCCGGGUGAAGUCCAGUGUGUCACCCCACCCUGUGGCCCAGGCAUCGUCAAUGUAAAGAUUACAGUUCAUUCCACGGUGUACCCGCUCCUCAAGUUCACCUGUAACCAGACGGAGACUCCCACCAUCCUCGCUAUCUCCCCAACCACCGGUGCGAGCGGAACGAGACUCACCAUCGUUGGACGAAGUCUGGGAUCGUUUGCCUCCGAGGUCUCAGUUUCGAUAGAUGGCAUCGUGUGCAGUGUGACCAUGGCUAACGAGAGCUGUGUGGAGUGUACUGUGGGGCAUCACGCUGGGGGCACCUACCCAAUUGUCCUGAAACAUGCUACCAGGGGAUAUGCAGUAGCUGCAUUCUUAUUUCAAUACCAACUCAACAUAAUCUCUGUCUUUCCGACUGAAGGCAGCUUCGGCGGUGGCCUGCUCCUGACUGUGUGGGGCACUGGAUUCGAUGGAGAGAGAUCGCGGGUGUUCGUAUGCGACGGUGAAUGCAAGGUGGAGCCGUCCACCUCCAACUCCAGCAGCCUCCGCUGCUACCUGCCGCUGAAUAACGGGACUGGACCUCAGCAGGAGUGCAAUGUGACUGUCGCAAACAGUGAAGCUUUAAGCCAACUGCCCAGUGCUUUCACCUACGCUUCUGCUUUGACCCCUGUGGUGACCGGCAUCAAGCCCAGACGAGGCGGCACGGCAGGAGGCACCAAACUGACCAUCAAGGGAACUGGCUUCAGCGUAAAUGAGACUUCUGUUACUAUAGCUGAAGCUGCCUGUGAGAUCCAGUUUGUGAACGACACCUACAUUGUGUGCACCACUGGGGCACAGUCCCUUUCACAGAAGACCAAAGUCAAGGUUAACGUAGGGGGGAAUGGCAUCGCCAAACUGGACUUUGCAGAUUUCCACUACGUGGACGUGUGGUCAUCACGGUUCACGUGGGGAGGACAGUCUCCCCCUGAGAGAGGCUCACUGGUCGUCAUCACCAAGGGACAGACCAUACUGCUGGACCAAAGCACCCCUGUGUUGAAGAUGCUCCUCAUUCAAGGUGGAGCACUCGUCUUCGAUGAGGCAGAUAUUGAACUCCAGGCUGAAAAUAUUCUCAUCACAGACGGCGGGCUACUCCAGGUGGGAACCAACUCCACUCCCUUCAGCCACAAGGCCAUCAUCACCCUUCACGGUCACCUGCGCUCCAAGGAGCUGCCCCUGUACGGAUCCAAGACGCUGGCAGUUCGAGAGGGAACGUUGGACCUCCAUGGUCUCCCCAUUCCUGUAACCUGGACUCACCUGGCUGAGACAGCGGAGGAAGGUUCUUCCAGCAUCAGAUUGCAGCAAGCGGUGACCUGGAGGGCAGGGGAUGAGAUUGUCAUUGCAUCAACGGGAGGCAGACACAGCCAGAGGGAGAGUGAGCAGAGGACGAUCGAGGGCGUGUCAACGGACGGGAGGAUGCUCAACCUGACGGAACCGCUGCGGUAUCGUCACCUGGGCACCGUGCUCUCGCUGUCCGGGGCAACGCUGCAAGCUCGGGCGGAGGUGGGGCUGCUGAGUCGAAAUGUGGUGGUCCGGGGCGCCAUUAACGAAGAGUGGAGCGACAUCAUCGAACGCUGCCCGGAAGAGUUCGACACGGGCGAGUUUGCCACCCAGACCUGCUUCCAGGGACGGCUGGGUGAGGAAAUGGGAAGUGACGAGUACGGAGGCUGCAUCAUGUUCCACUCUCCGACACCCGACCGUGGGAUGGUGGUGGGCAGAAUUGAAUAUGUUGAGAUCUAUCAUGCGGGGCAAGCCUUCCGACUGGGUCGCUACCCGCUGCAUUGGCAUCUGCUGGGUGACCUGUCCUUCCAAUCGUACGUGCGGGGGUGCUCCAUCCACCGGACCUUCAACCGGGCCGUCGCCAUCCAGGGCACGCACCGGCUGCUGGUGGAAGGUAACGUGGCCUUCAAUAUCAUGGGGGGAGCCUUCUUCCUGAAGGACGGCGUGGAGCGAAACAACGUCCUGCAACACAACCUGGCCGUGCGGGUUCGCCGGAGCACCAGUCUACUGAACGACGACCUCCGGCCUGCCGCCUUCUGGCUGACCCACCCCGGCAACAUCGUGCGGUACAACGCGGCCGCGGGCUGCACCCACUUCGGCUUCUGGUACCGGCUCCUGGAGUGGCCCGAGGGGGCCUUGCACACACGGGCCUUCAGCCCACGCCGACUGCCCCUCGGCCUCUUCCACCACAACACUGCCCACUCCCUGGGCUGGUACGGCCUCUGGAUCUACCCGGACUAUCAGCCCAGGGAGGAGAACGGCUGGCGACCCGAGCCCGCCGCCUUCCGCUCUCUCACCGCCUGGAGCUGCGGCAAGGGGGCCGAGUGGACGGACGGAGGGGCCAUCCAGUUCCACGACUUCCUGCUGGUCGGCAACGAGAAGUCCGGGGCCGAGGCCCAGCGCAUCGAGCGGGGAGCUGUGUCCGGGUGGGGCGAGGCCGGGGGAGCGCUGAUCAGGAACCUGACGGUGGUGGGACACGCCGACGGCCUGGGUCUGCCCCCGGGCUCCUGCACCGAGCGGGGCCUGGUCCUGCCACUGGACCAGGGACUGACCGUGCAGGGGCUCCAGCUGGUGAAUUUUGAUCGGCCCGGCUGCGCGGCUCUAGGGCUGGCCGGCCAUUUCGAUGGAGGUUGGAGCGUGCGAUUCAGUCAAGUCCGCUACUACAACACGUCCAACAAGGCCCAUUUCGGCUGGGAACACCAGGUGAUACUGGAGGAUAUGGACGGAUCCCUGGCAGGUGGUGCUGGUUACAAAGUGCUCCCUCACAGUCGGAUCUUGGACCCUGCACAUUGCCAGCAGUCAGCAAACUGGAGCAGUGGUUACCCCGGUGUAGUGUGUAACUCCACUGUUACCUUUCAUCGCAUGACUGUACAUGACGCCUCGCCUAACGCUCUCUUGUGGCAGCAGCUCAUCCUAUCUAACACUCAUGGUGCGUCUGCUCUGCUUCUUGCCACCUUAACCUUCCCAUCAAUCGAUCAAUCAGUUUUAUUCGUCACUUACAUAGUAGCAGCGAGGAUUUCCUUAUGUUUUGAUGCAGGAUUCAGUGCUCUUUCAUUCCUGCCACACCUUCGAACCUCUGGCUCAGGCUGGAUGGCCCUCGUACCCAACAAUCAAACCAUUAGUUGGCAUUUCAAGCGGGUUGAUCACAUCACCGAGAUCUCCUAUAGAGCCACCUUCUAUCAUUUCACGGAGGGCGACCAUGUGGUUGUGUCCCACAACUUCACUCAGCACCCUGACCAUGUCCAGGUCACUGAUCUGCACCGGAAUGCCUCCCUACAGCCCCUGGAUGGGGCCCACAACCAGAAUGGUGACUGGUACUUCGACACAGACAACAUGACCUUGUACUACCUGGCUAAAAUGCGCAAUGUUCCAGUUUCAGAAAAGGGUUCCCCUCAUUGGGCGAGUCUGGACCCAACAAUGGUCAAUAUAAACAUCCACCUUCGUGUAUUCCGCUGCUUUUAUCAGAAGUGUGGGUCGCCUCCGCCAGAAACAUUUAUCCACUCAACCUCCCAAUACAGUUUGUGGUCAAACUCUUCCUUCUGGGAAUCCUCUCCGGAAAACAACUUCAUGGUUCCCACAGAAGGUGACAGCGUGGUUGUAGCCAAAGGGGUGUGGCUUCUGAUUGACAUAAUGAUCCCAUCACUUUACAAACUCACCAUAUAUGGCACCUUGGAAAUUAAGGACCUGAAUGAAACGUCGGGCUCCAACUCAUCGUCAUACAUGAACAUUGUCCUCAAUGCUACCUACAUCUCCAUCCAGGGGGGCAGGUUCAUCGCUGGCACGCUGGAGGAACCGUUCCGAGGAGAGCUGUUGAUCGUUUUGCGAGGAGACCACAAGACCCCGGAUUGGCCUUUACCAAACGGGCCCAAUCAGGGUUCGAAGGUGCUGGGUGUGUUUGGAGGACUGGAGCUUCAUGGGAUUCCCCACCUGCUCUACAGGACCAAGCUGGGUGUCACAGCACCGGCGGGCUCCCUCAACCUGACACUGGCAGCCACCGUCGAUUGGCAGGAGGGUGAUCGGAUCCUGGUGACGAGCACCAGCCGCGAUGCCAAGCAGUCGGAGUCUCGGACCAUACGCUCCGUCUCGCUGGAUGGUAGAACUCUGCUGCUGAAUCAGCCUCUCUCCUUCACACACUUGGUGGAGACACAUGAAGUGAAUGGAGGAGCCCGGCGCUACAGCCUGGCAGCAGAUGUUGGCCUCCUGAGUCGAAACAUCAGGAUUGUGGGGGACGAUCAAGACAACUGGCAGGAGCAGAAGUUCGGGGCCCGUGUGUUGAUCAGUUCCUUCUUCUACAACGACUUUGAGGUCAAAGGUUACGCCAGAAUAAAGGAUGUUGAAUUCUACCACAGUGGCCAGAUGGGUUACAUCGAUUACUUCGACCCACGCUACUCUGUGGCCUUUCUCAACCUCGGCCAGGUCGAAAGAAAUGAAUCCUACAUUCAGGGCUGUGCUAUACACAGUGGAUUUUCUCCUGCCAUUGGGGUAUUUGGAACAGAUGGCCUUAACAUCGAUGACAACAUCAUUUAUAACACCCUGGGGGAAGGUAUCAAGGUGUGGGGGAGCAGGAACCGCGUGAGGAGGAACCUUGUGGUUCUCAGCAGGUCUGCAGUGUUUCACUACUCCUGGACAGCAGCAGUCGAGGUGGACAAAGGCUCUGACACGGUGCUUCAGGAGAACAUAGUUGUGGGCUCUGAGCAGUUGGGUUACCGCAUUAAUGGAGAACCUUGUCCCGGACAACCGAAUCCCGUUGAGCCUUGGACUGAUAACGAGGUCCGUGGAGGCCAGAUUGGUGUUUACAUGAACAAAGGUGGCCUUCCCAACUGCUCCCUUAUCCAAGGAUUCACAGUGUGGCAAUGCCAGGACUAUGGCAUCUACUUCCAGGCAGAAUAUUCGGUGCAAGUCUCCAAUGUGACUCUGGUGGACAAUGGAUUGGGUAUUUUUCCAAUGAUUUACGGACCUCCAGCGCUCUCUCAUCGUAUAUCCAAUAAAACCAUUUGCAUUACAAAUGCUUUGGUGGUCGGAGUUAGUCCUGGCUUCAAUUGCUCAGAUGUUCAGCUUGAUAACUCUGCAGGGAGCAGCUGGGGAAGGAGUGGAAUCUGCUGGCCAACGUUUGCUUCAGCGAGCAACCAUCCACCUCUCUACACGGUGCUGACGAGCUACCCGGCCAUACAUGGACUGAUGAUGGUGCAGAAUACGACAUUUGUGGGUUUUCGGGGCGUAUGUUCCCAGAAGUUGAACGUCAUGUUUAUCAGCAACCCAAACAAUGAGGACCUGCAGCAUCCAAUCCUGCUGAAGGGGAUCACUGUCGCCCAGAGUGAGGAGCGGGGAAAGGUCUUCAUACACAGGCCUGAUGUCAACAAAGUCAACCCCAGCGACUGCGUGGACAUGGACUGCGAUGGCAAGAAGAAGACCAUGCUGAAAGAUCUGGACGGCUCAUUCCUGGGAAAAGUGGGAGCAGUCAUCCCGCAGUCGGAGUAUGAAUGGAAUGGCGACAAGCGCCGUGGGCUUGGCGAUUAUCGGAUCCCAAAGGUCUUGCUGACUUCUCUAAACGGAAGCCGCAUUCCUGUGUCUCAGGUGGCACCACAUAAAGGGAUUAUCCGAGAUUCCUCGUGUACCUAUAUGUCUGACUGGCAAAGCUACAAGUGCUUUGGGUUGAACUAUGAGCUGCUGGUUAUUGAGAGCCUGGACUCUGAUACUGAACACAGGAGAUUGUCACCAGUGGCCGUCCUGUGUGACGGCUAUCUCGACCUCAUCAACGGCCCACAGUACCACGGCUGGUGCUCUGGAUAUACCUGUAAGAAGAGGAUCUCGCUUUUCUUUGGGAUUGUGGCCACUAACAAGUCGUGCGAUGUGUAUUUCACCAGCACCAGCCCUCAGACUCUGCGUCUGCUGCUGCCUGCUGCUGAUGCCAACAGAGCUGUUCGUUUGUCCGUCUACUACUCAUCGCCACAACGUCUGGAUGUGUACGUCAACGGUACACUGAUCCCUCCAACCAACGCACAGUGGAACAACGAUCACACAGACUACACCCUGAGGGCACCCACCUACACAGGAGAAUUCGUUCCGAGGUUGAAUUCCCCUGUCUCUGGUGCAAACUAUUUUGACAGAAAAUACCAGAUGCUGAAUGUGUUGGUGAGAGGCUCGAUUCCCGUAGAGGUCCACACAGCCCCAACGCUGUUUAUAUCCUUUAAUUUGCCCGCAAUGACAGUGGAUGAAUUUUACGGCCCUGACUUGGCAAACAACCUUGCCCUGUUCCUAGACGUGCCAGCGAAUAAAAUCCGCAUCACGAAGAUCAUCCGAGAAACGGGGCGUCGCAAAAGGCGGGCCACAGGGAUCACCGUGGAAAUGGAGAUUGGAGAACCUCCGUCGGAGCAAUUGGCAUCAACCAGCAGUAACUCCACUAACACAAGCAGCCCUGCAGAUUAUGCAGGCACUUUGAUGUUCUCUGAUCUGAAGAAAAUUGCCAGCAGUCUCAGUGAGGCCAUGUUGACUGGAAACCUGAGUGCUUCGUUGGGCGUUGAAAUCUCUGACCUGGGUAUCUCCAGCCCAGUGCCAUCUCCAGAUGAUCCAGAAUGGAACCAGGUGGCCUCAGAACCGGUGCAACGGGAAUCAGUGAGUAGGGCCCAUGUAGCAACUGUGGCAGCUCUUGUGGUGGUGACUGAGCCGAUCGCUGGAGAGCCCGGACAGCUGCUCAAGCAGCAACCCUGCAUCAUGGCGGUGGACUCUGACGACAACUGUGUGGCGGUGGGAGUUACCCUUUGGGAACUGGAUGUGGUGCUGGUGAAUUUCCAAGACGAGGUUGUCACCGGACUCAACGGAACGAUGAGGAUCUUGUUCACGGGUUGUUGGGCUAAUUUUACCGACCUCUCCAUUAGCACCAAUGGCACCAGAUACAGGUUGAGGUUUCAGCUGAGGUCGAUUGAAACCCGCUCUGGGACCCUCACGGUGGGGCAGUCAGACGAGAGUGAAGAAGAGACUGAAGACUUUUCCCCCGGACCCAACUCCAGCCCGGACCCUAACUCCAGAAUCAGGAGCGGUAUAAUCGCAGGGGCUGUUUUGGGGGGUCUCCUGCUCUGUGUCAUCAUCUUUGCGGUGGCCUGGAAAAUGGCAGCUCACGGAUACAAGUCCACAUCGAUAACAGGAAGAUGGGCACAGCGUAGAGUUGGAUCUGUAGCUGAUGCCAGAACAGCCCCGCAUUCUCCUCCGGUGCAGACAUAACUCAAAGACAAUCCGAAAUGGAGAUUGCCAGUUUUCCGUACGGGAGAGAUCCCUGGAUGGAUUGAGUAACGUUGCAAAUGAGAUGCAGCUUGAUUAACUUUUUGAUGAUUUUCCUUUAAAACAAAAUCUUAAAUAAUUUUUUAAUAUUUCUGUAGAUUGGUUUAUGCAUGCAACCAAUCAUAUAUAGGUUAGCAUCACUAACCCCGCCUUACUGUAUCAUUUAUAUUAACAACCCACUUCCUAUGCUAUGUAGUUUGGAUAGCAGACAGGAUGCAGUGACAACUAACAUGCUACUGUGCUGUUAAGUCUGUUUGUGGAUUAAAGAUGAUCGUAA